CUUCAGAAAUAUAUUUGGUGGACAAAGAAUAUACUAAAACUAAAAGAGUUUAAGAUACAUUGCUAAGAAACACGAUAAAUGUUUUUCGAGAAGUAAUUCUAACUACAGAAUUAUUAAAAUUUUUAAAAAUGAUGUCCAGGUCGGUCCGUGCAGAGACGCGAAGCCGAGCAAAAGAUGAUGUUAAACGUGUGAUGCAGGCGAUAGACAAAGUUCGGAAAUGGGAAAAGAAAUGGGUCACUAUUGGAGAUACCACAAUGAAGAUUUAUAAAUGGGUUCCAGUUGUUAACCCGGAAGUGAGUCAAGCACGAAGCAAAGGAAAAGGAAUUACUGGUGGAAGCAACAAAGAAAAUGUUGGUAAAGGAGGAACAAAAAUCAGUAGAUCACAAAUACGAGUUCGGGAAGCCAUUCAGAGUCAAGACAUUAGUCUUCUUAGUAGCCAGGAGUCGAGCAUAACUCACAUCUCUGGUAUAGUUGAUGAAUCGACAACAGCUUUUUCUGAAAUGAGUCAGGACUCUCAGGGAGAAGUUUCUCAGCCUGUUAGCGAUGAUGGCACAAAUCUUAGCUUUCUCGAGAACAGUAGUGACGCCCAGUUUCCUGACCAGUCAAGUCUAGUAGCUUUGAAACAGGAUGAUACUAGUGAAGACAGCUGUGAGCCUCCAACAAAAAAAACAAGAAACGAUCUAGAAGACAGCUGCAAAGACUGAAAGAUUAAAACAUGUUUAUAUAAAACAACUCAUUUUUUAAAAGAUGUUUGCUAUUGGGUGUUGUUUUAAAUAUCAUUACUUCAGGGUAUGAAUUAAAGUUUCAGUUUUGAAAACAGAAAGUGGAUAAUAUAACCUUGGCAGCAUUUUAUAACUAAUAAAAAAUAAGCAUACAUGCAUAGUUGUUUUGUUUUUUUCUCAGAUUUUCUGAAGUACUAGAAACUUUAAGGAAGUAAAAUUUGACUUACUGAGAAGACCUGGUUUGAGGUUAAUAGGAUAUGAAAAGUUAUGAUAAGGAAACAAAAUUAGACUUCCUGAAUAGAUCUGGUUUGAGGUUAAUAGGGUAUGAAAGUUAUGAUGAUGAAGUAGAAUUAUACUUACUGAGAAGACCUGGUUUGAGGUUAAUAGGGUAUGAAAAUGUAUGAUAAUGAUUCAGGCCAUAAAUUUUAAUUUUUGUAUUAAUGCAGAUUUUUAAUUGUUAAAUACAACAGUAUUAUUUGUAAAAGACGGUAUAAAAAAAAUCAUUCCUAAGAAUAACUUUAAUGACUUAAUUGCCAAUUUUUGGCUUUGCUAAGUUAAUUAUUAUUUGCUCCUUUGGUGUUUUUAAUUGAAUAGAAUUAAAUUUGAACAAAAAUAAAUAUAAUUUUAAGAAAUACGUACUCUUCUGAGCUCUGUUUUUUUAUCUUAUUACGUCCAUCGUGUAGCGAUUAUUUAUUUUUCUGGAACAGGUAUAAUUAUGUGGAACUUUGUUAAUAUGCUGAUCAGUAUCUUUUAUUUUUCAAUUAUAAAGCAUUAUUAUAAUUAUUGACUUGCUGACUCCAAACAAAUGUUAACAUUAAGACAGGUAAAAGGAAACUCCUCCUUGCCAAUGACUCUAAUUGUUCUCUUUUCAUAUAGUAGUAGUGACCUUUGACACUUGUUUUUAUGUUGUUUCAAAGGCAAUUGACUUAACAAGUACUUGGAUAAAUUCAUUUUUAAUGGUUUGAAAAAAAAAAAAAUUAAGAAUGCAACGUAGUAACAAUUUUUAUCCCCAACAUGCUAGAAGCUGUUCCUAUAUUGUAUGAAACUGAUAAAAAACCGUUACAAGGUGAAUAAACACAAAGUUGUCACUGAAAUCCUUGAUAGCGAGACAUAACAAACAGGAAUGGAUCAGUACUACCAGUUUUUCUACAGUACCAAUAAUUUCUUUUAACUAUACAAAAGAGUUGUGGAAAACUGUGCUAAUGACAACAAUAUAUUUUUUAUUCAUUGUGUUCUGUUUUUUUUCAACAUGACUCAAAUUUUUGUCAUAUGCGGUGUUAUGAAUGAUUUUUAAGCCAUUUUGUUCCUUAUUCUGACUGAGUUGCAUGAAAACUGUAAAACUUUUCAUCUGCUUUUCUUUUCUCACUUAUUUGCUUACAAGUGUUUGUAAGGUAUUACACUGAAAAACAUUCCAUAUUCAAAGAUUAACAUCAAUCAGAAACUCAACUUUAAAACACUUUAGUACAAGUUAUAAAUUUUUUUCUGUAUUGAUGUAAGAUGUAUUAAAGGUUUCCUGCUUAUUUCUAUAUAUA